UUCCUCCUCCCCUCCCUCCUUCCCUCCCUCCCUCCCUCCCUCUACCCCCAUCGCCAUGAUCAAGACUCUCCCUCCUUUCCCCUCCACCGACAAGACGGCGGAGAUCAUGUCCAGAUACCGCCCCAUUGCCCCCAAACCCGAAUCCCCAUUCCCCACCUCCGAUCACUCUCUCAACAACAUUCCCCAUUCCUCCUCUUCUUCUUCUUCCUCUUCCUCUUUUCUUCGAAAUGUGUGGCCUCAGUUGCAAGCUAGACCCACUCGUACUCGUAAGAGAUCUCGUCCUCCACCCAUUUCCCCUCACUCCUUAAAACGAGCAAGAAUUACCCCUCCUCCUAAUUUCUCCCUCCAUCAUCCUUUUCCUUCUUCUUUACUUCCUCAUCUUUCUCUUCCUUCUAUUAAUUCUGGGUUUCAUGAUUCCUCUUCUAAUUCUAAUCUUGUCACGCUUCCGCUUCUUCCUUCUGUUUCUGAUGAAACUGAAACCACCCCUGUUUCUGAGAUUAAUUUCAUUAAGUCUUUUGAUGAAGAGAAGGGGGUGGAAUUCAAUGUUGAUAGUGCUGUUGUCUCUGAAAUUCCUCAAGAGAAGGAUUUGUUGCAGCAACUUCAAUGUCCGGUUUCUGUUUCAAAUGUUAUAACUCCGCACCCUGUUCGUCCCGUUGGUUCCAGCAUUCGCGUUGGGUGUAUCAAUGAAGCUCAAAACCCUGUCCACUCCAAUAAUACUCCACAGCUGCCGAAGAAACCGGAUGAAGUGGAAAAGGAAGUUGAAUCCGAGGUGUUGCCAGCGGUUAUAUCGGAUUCGAAUAACAGAGUGAGAAUGGCAAAUUCUGCUUAUAAGGAAAUGGUUGGCCAACCAGAGUGCUUGUGGCUCGAUUCAAUGGUUACCGGAGAUGAACGGCUCAAAGGUAGAAGAAUCGGCGGUGAAGUGAUGCUCCACCUCUCCGAUGCGGCGGCUGUGCCUCAUUCCUCAAAUGGGUUCUCUUGUUGGGUGAGGAUUGAAUGGGGAAACAGUGACGGAAAGAAAAAUUCCGUCACCGCCUUUUGCGAUGUUAUCAAACUUUCUUGCGUGUCUCGAGAUUACCUCUUCACGUGGAGGUUCCAUACUCAAACAAAAAAUAAUCAUAACAAUAACAAUAAUGCUUCCAACCCCAUUUGUAUCAAUGUUUGAUAAUCAAAUCAAGAUGUACAAAGAUGAAGGAAAAAAAGAACCCUUUAGUCUUAGCCUAGCUUAGUUAGUUUUGGGAAACCAUAUGUAGAAAUAACGUAUAAUCGGUAAAUGUUUAUGUAUAUCUUAGUGUUAUUAGAAGCUAUUAAUCAUAAAUAUAUACAUAAUGUUUGUUUAAGGUUGAAAUUUCAACAGUUGUUGUCUUGUAAUUUGUGACGUCCAGAGAUGGACAAAUUAACAAACGGCCUCUUUUGGAGCAUGUUGAUGUGUGAUUAAAUAACGGAUGAUCAAUUAAUACGUUGGCCUCUUACUUGCAAGUUUUAUUUGAAUCACCAACCAAAACAAAAACCAGAGGGAGACCCACACGAUUACUUCUUUUGUUUUACAAUUCAAAUUUCAAAGAGAGGGGUUGCUAAAGUUCAAAAAGGGAACAGCGUAAAAGCAGGACUAAAAUAAGGAAGAAAGCAGAGGACAUAACCACAAAAAAAAAAAAAAAAAAAAAAAAAAAAAAAAAAAAAAACAA